UCUGUUCGCGCAUGCGUACUUGAUUCACCGGGGGUGUACAAUGGAAUCGGACGUCAAUAGAUAUCACUGGCUUACUAGGAGCCCUGACGCCUUUGAAAGCACUUUUAAUUACCGGUAUUUAUGAAAUAACCGCGGAGGUUCAAGCAAGGAGACGGUGACACCGCCCACAGACGAUUUCAAUAUUUAAAAAAACGCUAUAAACCAAAAGACUGCCGAGUAACUGCCGACCUGCUGUGUGUGUUAGUGCUAGCUCGACAUUUUGAACCGUUGGCUGCUCUUCUGACGGUCCUCUGCAUUUCUUCCAUGUCAGAGCAGUGACAUAGAAACCGUCAGAUAACCGGCGAGGAAAAUGUCUGAGGUCGACAUACCAAAGCGCAAGGAGAAGUGUGAGAACUGCACGAAAAAGUGCAACAAGAAGCAGAGUGACGAUGAUGCCAACUCGCACCAGGACAGAGAGGAAGUCAACGGACAGGUGCAUGAAGGAUCCCAGUUGCUGCUGAGUGCCUGCCUGUCCUGUGACGGCUGUCUAUCGGAGGAGGAGAGCCUGAAGAUCUCCCAGCAGAGCCUGGAGGAAGUGGAGCGGGUUCUGGCACUGAACAAGAAGUGUGACGUGUCGAAGCACAAGGUGCUGGUAGCGUCCGUGUGUCCACAGUCUCUGCCUUUCUUCGCCGUCAAGUUUGGUGUGGACAUCACUGAGGCUGCCCACAAACUCUGCGGCUUCCUCAAGAGUUUAGGAGUGCAGUAUGUGUUCGACAGCACUCUGGCGGCCGGCUUCAGCAUCUUAGAGAGUCAGAAAGAGUUUGUUCAGAGGUUUCGUCGGAGGCACCACGACUCCAACGCCUUGCCCAUGUUCACCUCCUCCUGUCCAGGGUGGAUCCGCUACUCGGAGCGAGUGCUGGGCAGUUUGGUGACCCCUCAUAUCUGCACUGCCAGGUCUCCGCAGCAGAUCAUGGGCUGUCUGGUCAAAGACUACUUCUCUACACAGCAGAAGCUGCGUCCAGAGAAAGUGUACCACGUGUUGGUGGCCCCCUGCUUUGAUAAGAAGCUGGAGGCUGUGAGAGAAGAGUUUUAUAACAGCUUGCUGGAGACCAGAGACGUGGACUGUGUCCUCACCUCAGGGGAGAUCUAUUACCUGAUGGAGCAGAGGAAGGUGUCAGUGGAGGAGCUGGACUCUGUUCCACUGGACCAUGUGCUGGGCGAGGCUGGAGACGUGGCGCUGCUGCGGCACGAAGGCCGAGGAUCUGAAGGCUUUCUGGAACACGUCUUCAAACACGCUGCCAAAGAGCUCUUUGGUCUGGACGUCCAUGAGAUCACAUACAAGACCCUGAGGAACCGGGACUUCCAGGAAGUGACUCUGGAGCGGGACGGGGAAACUCUGCUGCAGUUUGCAGCCGUCUACGGUUUCAGGAACAUCCAGACUCUGGUUCACCGAAUGAGAAAAGGACGCGUGCCGUACCAGCUGGUGGAGGUGCUGUCCUGCCCCGGAGGGUGCUUGAGCGGCCGCGGUCAGGCGGAGAGCGACGCGGGGGGCCGUGCGGAUAAAGCUCUCGUCCAGCAGAUGGAGGAGGCCUACUGCAGCCUGCCGGUCCGUCUGCCGGAGGUCAACCCCACCCUGCACACCCUCUACCAGGACUGGCUGCAGGGCCAGGACUCCCCGCAGGCCAGCACGCUCCUGCACACCCAGUACACCAGUCAGACCCUCACACAGCCCCCACACAUGCAGUGGUGAGGAGGACGGCUGUGUUUUUACUUUUUUUAAAGACAUGGAAGUUAAAAGGUGGCUUCCGUUGCUUGAACCAUCUCAUCAUGAAGGAAUACGCUGCACUUCCUACCAGACUGUCAGACUGAAGUCUCAAUAGGUGCAGUUCUUCCAUUAGUCCACGGGGGGGGAGAUGUCUGCAUUUACAAUUCCACCUGUGUGAAACCUGAGCCGGAGGAGAAACGAGGGUCCGGUUCUGCAGACUGAAGAUGAGAAACGAGGACUACUUCUGUCAUUAUACAAUAAGCAAUAAGAAGCUUUCAGCACAACUGGAAGCUGUGGAUGCUGAAUGUUCAGUCGAAUGUGUUGCACGUCUAAACUGAAUAUGAAACACGUUGUCUCCGCUGUUCCUCGCUGAAGACACAUUUAUAACUAUGCAACAGUGUGAUCGCCUUGUCUCAGUGUAACGACCAGGUUAACCGUCCCAGUGAGGAAUAAAGGCUCGUACAUACUGUGCAGUCACACGGGGGUGCACGCGCUUCCAUUCAUACUACAACUGAGGGUUCAGGUCCAUCUCCUCAAAUAAUAACUCAAAACCAUCAGUUAUUACUUUCUUCUUCUCUUCUGGACGUGAGUGUGGAGUGAAACGGGAGCAUGCGCAGUCACAGAUGUUGAGCUGCACGUGCGAACGCAGAACGUAUGAAUUGGCGUUUUAGAGUAAUUAUUUACAGAUGAUGAUUUCAUUACGUCACUUUGUUCCCAUUCCACAAAGUAGUAUUUUGAAAGUUGUAUGUUGUUGUUUUGUCCUUUUUUGUUUUACAAGAUCAAACGUGCACGUCACAUGUCGAGCACUAAAGUAUUCUGACAAACAAAGUCUUAUUUCUGUGUGUGGAUGAUGUGGAAGUUCUUUGACAUUCGUGCUGCUGGUAAUCCACACAACACUCUGUUAACAGCUUUUAACGUUAAAGUUAUAAUAAACUUCUGAACUGGAGGUCUGUGCAUUAUCCAGCGGUGAGCUAAAUAAAAUUCCAUUAAAGUUAAUUGUAUUUGGAUAUCUCAGAACCACUUACCGCUCAAUGACUUCGAAAUAAAUGAGAAAAUAUGAUUGUU